GCCCACAUGUGUAUUUUUACCUAGCUCCGCCUACCGCGGGUGACAGCGUUGUAGACAGAAUUACACGCAACAGUACCGUAGCCGAGCGAGUGGGAAGGAGGUGGCCUGUGAGACGAUCAGAUACACAUUGUCCAGUGAACUGUCCCAUAACGUUUUACACCGCUAAUCGGGACAGUCGUGUGGGGAAUAUACAUGUGUUAGCAACCACUGUGUCUGGCCAUUGCGGUACCGUGGAAGCAUUGUUUCAUGGAUGGAGUAUCGGUCGUGUGAUAUGUGUGAUAUACCAUAGCUGAACAUUGUGAUCGGAUUGGUAACAGUUGUUUGAGUGGAUUGGCAUUUAUGUUUGGAAAUUGACAUAGCGAAAGGCAAAUGGAAAGGUAUUAACAUUUGCAGCGACUUGGAGUAGAAUGGUGUUCGUCUUGUGACAAUUACUUGCAGCGAGCAUAACACCCGGUGGCACAGUCGGCUACCCCCGGGACGUCAUACAUCGGAGGGUGGAUUACCCUAGCUCGGAAAUUAUUCUUUGGUGUGAUGCCUUCGAAGUCUAAGGAGAUGGCUGAUACCAUGCGGGAGAUGACACGUGCCCCCACCCCAGGGCGACCACGGCUGCGACCCACGGGACGACCGUUGUCGGUCCAUCACACCAGACAUAACCUCAAACAUAGGUUUGAGUUGGUCAAGACGCUGGGGAAGGGGACGUAUGGAAAGGUCAAGUUGGGGAUUGAGAGAAAUACGGGAGAACAGGUUGCUAUCAAGUACAUCAAGAAGACGAAGAUCCAUGACGAGACGGACCUCAACCGUAUCCGUCGUGAGAUCGGCAUCCUGUCCAGUCUCAAGCAUCCGCACAUCGUCAAUAUCAGAGGAGUGUUUGAGAAGAAGGACAAGAUUGUGAUGGUGAUGGAUUGUGCCCUCGGCGGCGAGCUCUACGACUACAUCAACGAAAGGCGCCGGCUCACUGAGAAAGACGCACGGAGAAUUUUCAGACAAAUCGUCUCGGCCAUCAAUUACUGUCAUCAGAAUGGUGUCGUUCAUCGUGAUCUCAAACUGGAGAACAUCAUCCUAGAUGAGCAGUCCAAUGUCAAGAUUGCGGAUUUCGGCCUCGCCAACAAUUUCGGGCAUAAUGAACUACUUUCUACAUUCUGUGGAAGCCCCCUCUACGCUUCACCAGAAAUCGUGAAUGGUCAACCGUAUCAUGGUCCAGAGGUGGACAUGUGGAGUCUUGGAGUGGUGCUGUAUACUCUGGUGUAUGGCGCCAUGCCCUUCGAGAACGCCAACCUCAAAGUCCUGCGCAAACAGAUCUCAAGUGGGGAAUACUACGAACCCUCACACCAAUCAGAGGCUGGUGGGCUGAUCCGGCAGCUGCUAAGUGUCAACCCCGCCAAACGUGCCACCAUGGAGGACGUGCUCGGGCACUGGUGGAUUAACGAGGGCUACAGCCACACCCCUAAUCUCGAACCCUAUCCCCGGAUCCAAAUCCCUCCCAAAUCUCUCUCCCAUCAUCACAGCUACUCAUCGGACAGUGAGAGUGAGUACGAGACCCGCUACAAGAGUGGAUCAGUCAAAGGAAUAUUGAAAAAAGACAGUUGAAACUCGAAAACGUCUCCCGAUGCUUGUGAUAAAAUCUCGGCUCCUUCCAGCAAUGUUCACAUGGAACCCGAUGACCAGCCGUCCAAUGCAUCACAGGAUUUGUGUGGUACUUUGGACAAUAAUUCUGGGGAUGAGACAAAAAAGGUUUUCGACUGCGACAAGAAGCCACGUCGUGGGAUCCUGAAGCGACGCGGCAAAUUCUCAGGCGGAGACAGUGGUUGUGAUUUGAGAGACGAUUUGGCCAGGAAAAUAGAAGAUGAAGAGUCUCCCAAACGUGCAAGUGAUUGUGAAGAUCUCAGCUAUGAAGACUGUGAUAUAAAUAUAGACUUGUCCAAAACCUCAUCCAGUACGCCAACCUCGGGGUCAUGUGACGUGACGGAGGAAUGUGUGGUCCAUACUCUUCCUUCAAACAAGACUGACGUCGUGCCGAGCGGCAACGUCACUAGCUCAAUCAGUAUAUGUAUAUCCUCUGAUGAAAAUUUCUCAAAUAAUCCACAAACUGUUUGCACAUGUAGUACAACAAAAGUAGUGCGUCGGAGAAAAGGAAUCCUGAAAAAAGGCGGCACCACAAUGGAGGAUCCAAGGAACCGCCUCAGUGUUGGGAGUCUUAGCUCCAAUUCUUCAGCCGAUAUCCUGGACCUUUCGUUUGACAGUGCAGAUGGAGAUCAGUUUCUGGGAAAGUAUGACCGUCAGAGUUUAAAACGUGAAAGUCAAAACAUAAGCCCCCUGGCUACUGAGGGACCUAGGUUCGACGCUUUCCCGCUAUCCAGUGACUUCAGUGCCUUGAACCUUGAGGGUAGGUCACAGCCUCAAACCAAAGUUCUCUACGAUGACCGAAUGUUUGAUAUUGAAGAUGCUCGACAAGUUUAUCGUCAGGCGCUCGACAUCUGCCAUAGAGUAUAACUGUGUCCUUGACCUUGUGUAUUGUGUGAAGCAUCAAAUGUGUCUGUGGGGUAUGUGUGGAGGAGGGAUCAACUGCGACUGAAGUUUAUCAAAGACUGUCUCCUGAAAUACAUGGCUGAACAUUGUUAAAUGUCUAUGGAAACCUUACUGACUUUGUGCAACAGAUUUUACAAGACUGAUGUAUGUUUCAAUGGAAACCCAGCUUUAUGUGGCUAUCAAAUAGUCCUUGAUUGUAGUGUAUGCUUGUCAGUAGAAGUGCUUCAAUUACAUGUUAUUGAAUUCAUUUUCAGUUAAGUUCAUGAAGUAAUUUACUAAUGGGAAUAACUGUACAUGAAGAAUUCUAUGGUGAGUUUCAAGACACAGCAUUGAGGUGCACACAAACCUGUUUAUCCCAAGCAUAGUCCAUCUCUAAGGUCUAAACAGGAUUUAUCUAUGAUUCCAAACAAGUCAGCUGGCAAAGUGAAAUAAUUGUGAUGUUGCAAAACUGGAUUAUUGUAAUGUUAAUUUUGUAAAUUUGGUAGAAUUGGGAAAUGUUUAAUUUAUGUUGGGAAUUUUUACUGUCAUUUUCCACAAGCUUGUUUUGGAACAUUAGGCCACAAUAAAUCCGUGUUCAGACACUGGUAUGACAUCAGAAAGGAUUGUAAAAUGUAAAUUAAAGCUACCAUGGUGCUAUAUUUGUUCUCAAUCUCUCCUUAGUUCAUUGUGAUUUGCUCAACUUCAAACAUAAUGAAAGUACUAUUGUAUUACUCUAAGACAAAGUAAUGCAAUAUGUUCCAUUACUCUAAGCUGUAAAGCAUUACUGUAUUGCGCAAUGCUAACUUAAUGCAUUAUCAAAUUAUUCAGUAACAAUGCAUUAUGAAUGCAUUUGCCAAUGCUUAUGUAAUGCAUUAUUGCAUUACUCGAAUGUCAUGCAUUAAUGCAAUACUCUUCACUAAUGAAUGAAGUAUCACAUUAUGCUCAUUGGAUGCAUUGCUUUCUUAUGCUUUAAUGCAUUAUUGUAUGCUUAAGCCAUGUAUUUGUCUUCGCUGACGUUAUGUAAUUUGAAUGUUGUGUCCAUAUAUGGAUAUUUCCUCCAUGAUAUUUUGCAGGAUAUGCAUAUCUCUCAAAGAUGUCACAAAAUGUCUUUUUCAAUUUCCAAUGUGCCUCUCCGUAUUUUAGUUCAAGAUAAAUUUUAUAGUUCAUAAAUCUAUGCAUUUUUAUCAAAAUGCACAUUAUCAUGAAACUGAUUUUAUACAUAUGGAAAUGACAUACAAAUUAUUUAUUUUGCACCAAAGUUGUCUAUCGAUAAAUUCACGUUUCCGUUUUAAUAUGGAGUUGGUUCUAUUUUAGAUAUAUGAUAUUAUUAUGCAAUUACAAAACACAUUCCCCUUGUAUUCAGGGUCAUUUCUUAUGACAUAAUCCCAUAUGAUAAAUUUUUUGGUGGAGUUCACAAGGUGACAACUGACCUUCAAUAAGUGACCUUCACAUUUUUGGGUCCUAUCCACUGUGUUCGUGUAUUUCUCACCAUACAUCAUGUCUGUGUAAUUGGAUGUUACAUACUUUAAUUUGGAACUUACUGUACACAUGGAUACUGAACUAUGACUUUUCAGUUUUGCUCAGCCAAGAUUCUGAUCUCGUUUUCGUAGUUUCGCAAUGAUCUAGGUGUGCCAUGGUUUGGCAUGUAUGUCAUGAAAAGGAAAUCCUGCAGUAUAUUCCAACAAAUGAAUCGUACUUGAAACCAAAGUUGUAAUCCAAAUAAUUUCAUAAUUCACACGGUUUAUUCUACGUAUUAACCUAGUUUCAACAGAGAUACAACCUGUCAUCCCAUGUUUUUAACAUGAGGAAUACCAUUAUGUGCGAUAAAGUUACUAUUGUUUUGUUAAUUUUAGUUGUCAUGACAUGACAUCAUGCUCAUUGUCAUGUUCAACAUGAAUGCAGCAAAGCCAUAGUAGACUUAUAAAACGCCAGUUGCAUUAUUGCACAGCAUACAGAUGUCUUAAAGGGACCCUCUGACCAUAAAUAAGUAUGACCAUGCUAAUUAUGUACUACUCAAAGGAUCGCCUGGCUGUUUCAUGUUACUGUAGUUAGUUGAUAUGUCUUGCCAUGAUUACUAUCUUUUGUUAUGAAAGAAUGUGUCCUUAAUUUCUUUUGAGGAGAAUAUAUCUAAGUCCUUUAUGACCUCAAGAUGUUGUCUGACACAAACGAAGAAGUUACAACUAACAGAACUCAAAAUAUUAUGUCGAAGAAGUAUUCAUGUACGUUUAGGACAUGUUUUAGGACACAAUAUUAUUUGUUUGAGCUACUGAUGGAUUUCUUAUCAGCCACCUAGAACAUGGUUAUUUAUCUGGUGGAAGCAGAAUUGACAAGUCAGUGUUUCAUGGCGUUGUGUAGUGUAAGAUGUCCCCAAUAUGUUGACCCUAGAAGUCGAAUUUUCAGCUAUAACUUAUCAUGUUCAUUGCCGGUUUUUAUAUAAUUUGUGUUGUAAUGUGUUUUGUAUCAUCUGUGACUUGUAAUUUAUUGAUAGUUUCCCAUCUCUUACAACUUUUGUAUCAUUUCCAGAUUAUGUGACAUCGAUGAUUUUAGGAAAUCCUGUCAGAGGUUCAUUUCUAUCAUGUAUUUAUUUAUUUUCUCUUCACUGCCAAAGAAGCAACUCAACUUUCACAUCUUUGCUUUUGUAUAUUUAGUUUUAUGUAAACAGCCGGUCUGUUGUGUCUUCUUGUUCUUAUCUUAACCAAGCGUCAUUUUUCAUUAGAUGAUGAGCAGUUAAGGUCCUAUAUUCCAUUAUGAGGGUAACCAUAGUAACUGACAAAAUAAGCUCUCAUUUCCUUUCUAAUUUUGAUAUCUACUCCACUAAGUCUUUAUGGACAGCUAAUAUUGAACCAGAGCUUACUGUUAGCUAGUAGAAAUGCUUUUAGAUUGUCCCUCCUUUCAGAAAUGGUCAUUACUGAAGAACAAAACAAUUUUUUAGAAUUGAAAAAUAAUUGUGUAUUUUAGAUUAUUGUGAUAUACAUAUUCAUGCAUGUGUCUUGUGAAACAUUUCAAGUUCAGAUUUUAUAUGGUCAUGUAAAUGUUGUCUAAGAAGUUGAUUUGAGUUGGUGGAAAUGUUCUGCAAAUUUUAUUGAUUGUAUUCAUGAGGAGGGACUUGCUCUGUAGUUCAUUUAAUAGAACAUUGAUUUGCUCUAUAGGUCAUUCAAUAGAACGUUGAUUUGAUUCUAUAGGCAAAUGAAUAGACCAUUGAUCUGCUCUAUAGGUCAUUCAAUAGAACACUGACCUGCUCUAUAGGUCAUUCACUCGGACAUAGCCUGGCUGUCUUGUGUGAACUAUAUGCAAUAUGGUGGAGCUACCAUUCAAAGACAGUGGUGUCCGUAGUAGCUAGCUAUUUGUGUGUAUCUGUAUCAUCCAACCCGAGCUUCGUUCUCUAGCGUGCCUGACAUUGUGAGUUAUUUGGAGCAUUAAGCUUUAAGCAGUGACAAAUAAACCAUUCUUACAUGA